AUGACUUCGCUCCUCGACGACUUCAACGAGAGCUUGAAUGAACUCAAGUUCAACUCUCGUCCGAUAAUCGAGAACCUUACGACGAUUGCUGCCGAGAAUUCGAGUGAAGCCGAUGGCAUAUUACGGUUGAUCACUGAGCGCAUCCAUCGGGCGCUUCCGGAGCAGAAGCUCCAUUUCAUGUACUUGCUUGAUUCGAUUUGCAAGAACGUGGGAGCUCCAUAUAACAUUCUUGUUGGCGACGAAAUAUACGAGUUGUUUGCCAGAGUAUUUCAAUUAGGUGACGAGAAAACUCGUUCGCUGUUAGUGACGCUCUACGGCACUUGGAGAGUGACGGCUUCUAAGCUGACGCCGCUUUUUCCUCAAGCGCAAAUGCAGCAGAUAGCAAAGUUCUUGAAAAAGGCUAAUUAUCUUGUGGAUGAAGAGCAAGAGCUGUUGAUUGAUCAGACGAAUAAGUUGAUUAGCGACUACACUUCGCGGAGACUGGCAGGAAAUGUCCCUAAAGAAAAGCUCAAGGAAAUAUCUGAUAAUAUUAAUGUUCUUAAGCAAUUGAGAGACCUCUUAUCUAAGGAAACCCUCAAACCUCCCCAAUGUGCUGCAGUCAGGCAGAAGCUCAACGCUCUUCAACAUCGAUACGAUACCAAUGAGCCCGUCAAGGCGCGGGUGCCGGAAAAGCUGGCGCUCAAGUCGCUGACACGUCAUCCGCUGCCUCCCAACAACUUACCACAGACGCCGGGCGCUCUCAACGCGAUCAGUUUAUUCCGAAUGUUGGUGAGCACAGGAAUUAUUGAAGUGGAUCAAGCCCCCGUACCUGGCGCCGUCGCCACUUACAAAAUUCAUUACCCGAAGAUUAAGUACCAGCGGCCGCUGUCGGCGCUGAACUUGUUGGAUAAUCUCAGUCAAUAUCUGGGCCAUGGCGGUAGCGAUUAUGAUAGAAUCAAGUUCCAUCAAUUACAAGAGGUCUGUAGGGCUAUUGAUUCCCAAGAUGACGUUCAAACGUAUAUAAAGCUGAACGACCCUAAGUCCCUGACCCCCAUAGGCCUUCUCUAUGGCGACAAGCCAUCAUUGUGCACCCAAUGCGGCAAACGCUUUGCCAACGAUGAAGAAGGUCAGCGAAACAAACAACUGCAUUUGGACUGGCAUUUCCGUAUCAACACAAAACAAGCUAACCAUACCAUGAAUGUCCAGAGUCGUGAUUGGUUCAUUGAUGACUAUGAGUGGGUUAAGUUCAACGACGACGACUUGCUUGAGUACGCCGCCACCGACGAUCAUCAAGAAAAGGAGUCUGACGCCAUGGAUGUCGACGAACUUCAAGGCCCUCGCUACGUGGUGGUACCAGAAAACCUGACGUCGAUGGACAACAAGUGUGUCAUUUGCCGCGAAACCAUCAAGGCCAUCUACAAUGACGAGUUGGGUGAAUGGGUAUGGCCCGAGGCGAUACGUCCGCCCGGUGAAUCUGCCACCAGCCGAAGAAUCAUGCAUAUUACGUGCUUUACCGAGUCUCGCAAGCGCUCAUCUGAUAAUGACAACGGUGGGCCUUACAAGCGACAGCGCUAUUAG